GUGCGCCACAUAAAAUUAUGUGGCAGUCCACUUAAAGUAUUGUAGUUGGCCACUUCAAAUAAUGUGGUGGACUACAUACAAUGAUGUGGCAGUCCACUUAAAAUAUUGUAGUUGGCCACCUCAAAUAAUAUAGUGGACCACAUAAAUUGAUGUGGCAGUCCACUUAAAAUAUUGUAGUUGGCCAAUUCAAAUAACGUAGGGGACCAGAUAAGAUGAUGUGGCAGUCCACUUAAAACACUGUAGUCCACUUAAAAUAUUGAGGUGGGUCACUUCAAGUAAUGUAGUGGACCACAUAAAAUGAUGUGGCAGUCCACUUAAAAUAUUGAGGUGGGUCACUUCAAAUAAUGUAGUGGACCACAUAAAAUUAUAUGGCAGGCCACUUAAAAUAUUGUAGUUGGCCACUUCAAAUAAUGUAGUGCACCACAUAAAAUUAUAUGGCAGUGCACAUAAAAUUAUAUGGCAGUGCACUUAAAAUAUUGUAGUGGGCCACAUAAAUUAUGUGGCAGUCCACUUAAGUUAUUGUAGUUGGCCACUUCAAAUAAUGUAGUGGACUACACACAAUGACGUGGCAGUCCACUUCAAAUAUUGUAGUUGGCCACUUCAAAUAAUGUAGUGGACCACAUAAAAUGAUGUUGGCAGUCCACUUAAAAUAUUGUAGUUGGCCACUUCGAAUAGUGUAGGGGACCAGAUAAGAUGAUGUGGCAGUCCACUUAAAAUACUGUAGUGGGCCACGUAAAUUGAUGUGGCAGUCCACUUAAAAUAUUGAGGUAGGUCACUUCAAAUAAUGUAGUGGACUACAUAAACUGAUAUGGCAGGCCACUUAAAAUAUUGUAGUUGGCCACUUCAAAUAAUGUAGUGGGCCACAUAAAUGACAAAGUGGACCACAUAAAAUGAUGUGGCAAAAAAUAAUGUGGUGAGUCACCUAAAAUAAUGUUGCAGGCCACAUAAGAUAACAUUGCAGGCCAAUCAAAAUAAUGUGGCGGACUGCAUAACAUGACAUAGUGGGCCACAUAAAUAAUGUAGUGGGCCAAGCUAAAUUACGUGGCGGGCCACAUAAAAUAAUGUAGCAGACCACAUAAAAUGAUGUGGCUGGCCCCAAAAAAUUAUGUGGCGGACUGCAUAAAAGGACUUGUGGGACCAUUUCAAAUAAUGUAGCGGAACUCAUAAAAGGAUGGGGUGGAUCAAAUACAUUUAUGUGGCGAGCCACAUAUAAGAAAAUGGCUGACCAAUUUGAAAUAAUGUAGCUGACUAAAUAAAAGUAUGUGGCGAACCACAAAAAAUUAUGUUGCGGGCCAUUUAAAAUAAUGAAGCGGACCACAUAAAAUGAUGUGGCUGGUCCCCAAAAAUAAUGUGACGGACCACAUAAAAGAACAUGGCUGACCAAUUUCAAAUAAUGUAGCUGAUUUUAAAGUAUGUAGCGGACCACAGAAAAUUAUGUGGCAGGCCAAUUUAAAUGAUGCAGCGGCCCACAUUGAAUUAUCUGGCAAGCCACUAAGAAUUAUCAGGCGAGCCACAUUAAAUGACCUAGCGGGUCACAUUAAAUGACAUGGCGGGCCAGAUUAAAUGAUCUGGCUGGCCUUGAAUUAGAAUUUCACACCUGUGUUUUAGAUUCUUCCCGCUAUCUCACCAAGAUGGCUGACAACGACCCGAAAGACCCGGCUCCUUCAUCGGGGACACUCUCCCCAGGCCAGCUGCAGUCUCACUUCAAGAUGGAACCAAAGACCCUGGGGGCCGUCCAGCUCGUUAUUGCAGCUGUGAUUCUGUGUCUGAGUGCCUCCGUGUUCCAAGUCCACGAAGUCCACUUCACGGCAGACAUAGCCCUCUUCCUCAUCGUGGUCAUACAGGUGACUUUGUCGGGGUCUGUGUUGAUCUACAGUGGGAGGAGACCCACUCUUUUUUGGGUGAAAUGUGCCCUCGUUUUGCAUCUCAUCAGCGCUGCUUUCGCCACCGCCGCCCUGGGUCUGAUGUCCAAGCACCUCCCCUACAGGCAGGACUCAUACCACUGCGAGCACUGCCGCCGAUUGGAGCUCCACGCUGUGCAACAUUGUUUCAGGAAAUGCACAGCGCUGAUCGAGCAAAAGUGUGAACUCUUGAUUGACGGGAUCCUAGGAACGCUGGUGGUGUUCCUGGUGCUGGAGCUGCUCAUCUGCAUCACCGCCAUGCUCUUUGGACUCACUGUGCUCGCAGCUCGUAGAAGUCAGGCUCCAAGUGAGCGACCACGAUAUCCCCAGACUCGCCCCCCACCAUCUCCAUCUCCAGUUGUCCAUGUUGUUCCGGUUGCAGCCGAGCCAACUGUAUCCCAGGUGGCGGUCGUUGUGACCGAACCAGACUCUGAGCUGGUGGAUGACAUCGCCACUCCGCCGACAGAACCUCAGGUGGAACCUAUUUACCCAUGAACACACACACUUCCGGCACCUGCCGUUGUGUAAAUAUAAAUGCCGCACCUGGUGCUUUUUUAACAAUGUGGUACAUCUCACCUUCUUUGUCUUUCUAUGACCGAUUGCGAGUCAACUCAGGUGACAAUUUGAAUAGAAACCAAGAAAAACACACCUUCACCUACUAUAAAUCUGUUGUUAGACACGUGAACUACAUUAUGUAUUGACAGACAGUGUGAAUAAAUUAUAUAUAUUCUUCUCACUAGUAGUAUGUGUAUUUACAUUAACGCCAUUUUAAAUGAAUACAAAGAAAAUAGUUAUUGCUAAUGUUGCUAUAACACCCAGUGUCCAGAAACUUAAUGGCGUUGUCUAUUAUCCACCACUUAAUGGCAUGUUUAGCUUUAAAUAUAAUAGCAAAAGAACUAUAUUAAAUGAUCAAUUGCCACUGAAGCAUUGUAUGUAUUCUGCAUUCUGUGACAAACACUGUAUAAUGCAUAAAAGUGUCAAAUAAAACCAUUAA